UCAAGAUAUGUAGUUCAUUCAACAUGUUGCUGCCUGUCAGCCUACUAUUCAGUGUUGCGGUGUCAACGAGUGCUUACAAUGAUUUCCCGCCGUACUUCAAGUUUGGUGCUUCAAGUUCCGCCUAUCAAGUCGAGGGAGCUUGGAAUGAAGAUGGAAAAACUGCAAGUAUCUGGGACAAUUUUGUUCACAAAAUACCAAGCCCAAUAGCUGAAAACGCGACCGGAGAUGUAGCUGCGGACUCGUACCAUCUGUGGAAAGAAGACGUUAGGAUUGCUUCGGAGUUAGGCCUGAAUUUCUACAGGUUUUCUAUAAGUUGGCCACGACUUCUUCCAAAUGGUUUCUCAAAUGAAAUUAAUGAAGCAGGAGUUGAGUACUACAAUAAUUUGAUAAAUGGUCUUCUAGAAGCAGGCAUUGAGCCUGUGGUGACUCUGUAUCAUUGGGAUUUACCGACAAUAUUGCAAGAAUUGGGUGGAUGGGCCAAUCCAUUAAUAGCAGACUGGUUCGCUGAUUACUCCAGGGUCGUUUUCUCCCUAUUCGCUGACAGAGUAAAGACCUGGAUAACAAUAAAUGAACCCAUAGUCAUCUGUGAAGUAACUUAUGGCCUAGGCGUCGCACCACCAUCUGUCGUGGAAGACAAAUUUUCACCGUAUAUUUGCAAUAAAAACGUAUUGUUGGCUCAUGCGAAGGCCUAUAGAGUGUACGACCGGGAGUUCAGAAGGCUUUAUGGAGGUCGCCUGUCAAUUUCGAACCACAUAGUGUGGUACGAGCCUCUUACGCCGGCAGACGAAUCCUUAGCAGAAUUAACACGACAAAACGCAGCCGGGCGAUAUGCACAUGCGAUUUUCUCCAGACAAGGAGGUUGGCCUCCAGAGAUAGAGCAGCUACUGUUGGAGAUUAGUAUCCGGGAAGGAUACAGAUAUUCCAGACUGCCAAGGUUCACUCAAGCUGAGAAAAAAUUAAUCAGAGGUACCGCAGACUUCUUUGGUCUCAACUAUUAUACCGCACGAAAAGUCAGGUAUGCGCAACCCGGUGAAGAUAUAGGACCCUGGUUUACCAACGGUUAUAAAGAUGCGAACGCGGUAUUGGAAAUACCAUCUGAUGCGGUCCUUAGCGCCUCGUCUGCUCUUGCAAUUUACCCCAAAGGUAUUCGCUCACUGUUAUGUUGGAUUCAGAAAUCAUACGGAAAUGUUCCGAUUUGGAUCACAGAGAAUGGUUUCCCCGGCAGCGAAUUAGAGCUAAAUGAUUUCAAUCGGAUAAAAUACAUAAAGGACCAUUUAGAACAGGUUAGCUUGGCAAUGAACGUGGAUGGAGUGAACGUCAUAGGAUACACGUUUUGGUCGCUGACUGACAACAUGGAGUGGAAUGAUGGCUAUAGGACAAAGUUUGGCCUCUAUCAAAUAGACUUCAAUGAUCCUGAACGAAACAGGGUUGCCAGACUGUCUGCCCAAUUCUACAAAUGCGUGAUCAUACACCACAGUGUCGAUGUGCCUGAGACCUGCUUCAAAUCUGACACCAGAGUCAAAAGACAAGCAUCAUUUCUCUCGUUACCAAAACUUCCAAGUAUCUCCAACGACAUUAAAGCAAUGAAAGCGAUAUUUGAGAACCGAGAAUGUAUUAUAAAAGUAUUUUUAUUGCUUUUAAAGUUGAUGGUACUAAUGAACGCUAACCAAAAUUAGCACAAGAUACAUAAUAUCUAACAUACUUCAUAUUGAUUAACAGAAAAAAACCUCUUUACUCAAUA